CAUUAACAUUUGCUUCUGACUUUGCUAAUUUUGUUUUACUUAAUUUUUAGGCAAUUCACUGCUUUUAUUUUACCAUCUUAAUUUUUGGAGUGAUGCAUGAUUGUGGGUUUUGUGAGUGAGCUUUCAUGGACUGGUUAGUCUGCGAACACUGAACAGAGGGGGGGGGGGGUAGCAGUUUAAUUUGAAUGCGAUAUUUGUGAUUUUGAGCUUUAAUUUCUUGAAAUAAUUGGUACUUGACCUGCUUAAAAUUCUUUAAGGUUUUUUAUGAUAUUCUUUAUAUACAAUGGAGGCUGGAGAGUGGAUACCAACACAACACUUUUGUCAUAUCCUUCACAAAUCUCUAUAGAUCAAGAAUCACUUUCAAAGUUUUGUUUUGCUUUUCUUUUUUGGAGGGGAGGAGGGUGAUGAUUUCAAAGAUGCAUUUGGUGUGUAAUCGAAAAUUCAUUUUAUUUUCAUCUUCACACACCAAAAUAUAAAAUUUUGUUUUUUGCAUGAUACAAUUUUCCCAAUCGUCCAAAUUAAAGGAAUGGCUGAGAUGACACUUCAUUGCUUUGAAGUAUCACUUAUUAGCACAAUCUGAAGUGACAAGACAUAAAACUGAUGCUCACUGUGGGAAAUGGAAAAGUUGGUAUCUGCCACAAUCUUCAGCUUCUGAUCCUAGAAUAUUUCUAUGCUAGUUAUGUUGGCUAUUGUUGAUGGUCAAUGACUGGUUAGAAAAAAUUCCUCGUUAUUUCACUUUUCUUUCAUUCACAAUAACUUAUUUUGUAUGUUCCCUGUUUGGUGUGGUCAUUUUCUCCCAUCAAGAGGCAUACUAGUUUCACUUUGCUGGAGUUCAAUUGGAAGAACACUGGUUUUAUGAAUAUGUUUAAUUUAUUGGUUGAAUCUGUAACUUCUAAAUAUAGUAGUUUGCCAGAAGGCUUACUGGAAUAGUUUCACAUUUUAGAAUGCAAUGAUUGGAAACAUAAGACUAACAGUUCAUUUUCUGAACAGAAUCUCUCAACAUGAUCUAUAAUACCAUAUAAUUGUUCAUUUAUUUCUACCAUAACUUUUAGAACAGUUUAGUUGUCACUUUUAUGUGCAUGGUUUGUUAACAUUUUACUAACUUUUUGUUUGUCCAGGAACUUAUAUAGGAUUUGAUGAUUUGUUAUGGACAUUGUUUCUGUUCUUUGAAAAUUUUUGUGUUGCCUACAAACAAUUUACUCUGACAAAAAUGGUUGCCUUAGUUCUAUACGUUCUUUGUAGAUGUCACUAUUUUAACUUUAUGAUCAGUUCUAUUUGACAGAUCACAGAUAUCCUUGAAAGUUGGCAAAAGCAAGGUCUAAUGGUAUUGUUUUUUAGUUAUUAAGCUAGAAGCAAUUCCGAAAUUGGAAAUUGCAAGCAUCACUCCUGGAGGCAACAUGUGCGACAAAGUUUUUGAAUCUCAUUCUUCAGUUGCAGACAAUGAUAUGAAUAUAAAUGUGGAGAACAAAAGUGUCCCAUCUAUCAGGGCUACCAUUGCUUCUACUCGAAAGGCUUCAGUGUUGCCUACCAACGAUGUACAUGAGCUGCUGGUCUGCCCUGUUUGCACAAGCUCAAUGUACCCUCCCAUUCACCAGUGUCCAAAUGGCCAUACUCUAUGUUCAAAGUGCAAGGUUAGAGUGCAGAACUGUUGCCCGAUAUGUCGCCAUGAACUCGGUAACAUAAGGUGCUUGGCUUUGGAGAAGGUGGCAGAGUCCUUGGAACUUCCCUGCAAAUUCAAUGGUUUGGGCUGUCGUGAUAUACUUCCAUACUACAGCAAGCUCAAACAUGAACUAUACUGCCGAUUUCGACCAUACAACUGUCCCUGUGCUGGAUCUGAAUGUUCUGUUGCUGGGGACAUCCCAACCCUUGUUGCACAUCUCAAGGAUGAUCACAAGGUUGACACGCACGAUGGAUGCACCUUCAACCAUCGAUAUGUCAAAUCAAAUCCGCAGGAAGUUGAAAAUGCUACAUGGAUGUUGACUGUAUUCAAUUGUUUUGGUCGACAGUUCUGCCUGCACUUCGAGGCUUUCCUAUUGGGAAUGGCACCAGUAUAUAUGGCCUUCCUUCGGUUCUUGGGUGAUGAAGAUGAGGCAAAGAAAUUCAAUUACAGUCUGGAAGUUGGUGGGAAUGGCCGAAAGUUGACGUGGCAAGGGAUUCCAAGAAGCAUUCGUGACAGCCACAGGAAAGUUCGUGACAGUCAGGAUGGACUGAUCAUUCAGAGGAACUUGGCACUCUACUUUUCUGGUGGUGAUAGGCAGGAGUUGAAGUUAAGAGUGACCGGUCGUAUCUGGAAAUAGCACUGACAUACAGCUCCACCUAUUUAAGAAUUCAUGUACAAAAAGAAGAUUACAUGAGUCAUACUGGGUUGGUGGAUAAUCCAUACGAGGAAUUCAACAGAAAUGUUUCUGUAAAUGGGGUAGACUUGGAGCAACUUUUAGGUGGUCAGUUUCUGUUUCAUACAACCACGUCAAUCUGUUGAGUUGGAUGGGUAAGAUAUACAACAUGCUUUAGGAGCAAAUUAAUGUAAAAAUGUUUUUCUAGAAGCCCUGGCAUCGAAAACCUGUGAAAUAGGGGGGAUGAAAAUAAACAUUUUCUGACAUGUGACUGUAAUGUCAAAGAAUCUGAGGUUAGCAUUUCUGUAUGUUAAACAUAAGGUUCAAAUACCAUGGUGCCCAUAUGUGGAUCUUUCUUGUCA